AUGGCUGUCCUCCUGUUACUAUCCCUGGCGCUGGUAGCCCUAAUCUCCCUCGUCGCCUACCGUGUCUAUUUCCACCCGCUGGCGCACAUCCCCGGCCCUCCGUUGGCCAAGGUGACCUAUCUCUAUGAAUGGUACUAUGACCUUUACCAGGGUGGCCAGUUCACCUUCCAACUCAAGGAUCUGCAUGAAAAAUAUGGCCCCGUCAUUCGCAUCAACCCGGACGAGCUUCACAUCAAUGACCCCGAUUACUUCGACAAGCUCUUCAACCAGAUUAAUGGCCGUGCUGUGAAGCCCUUGCGCGUCGCCGAGGCCUUUGGGCCAUAUCCAGCAACGAUUGGGACCCAGUCGCAUAACUUGCAUCGCCUGCGACGCAGCGCUCUGAACCCCUUCUUUUCCAAGAAAUCUGUCGACGACCUCGUUCCGGUGAUGUGGCAGCCCAUUAAUAUUCUACGCGAGCGUCUGCAACAAGCUGCGCAGACCGGCGACAUGUUGAAUAUGAAAUAUUUCUACGCCGCCGUCACCUUAGAUAUCAUCAAUGCCUACUGCUUUGCCCAUGAGCCGCAGAAUGUGAUCCAGCCAGAUUUCGGCCGCAAGGGGUUUGACGACGUGGAUAGCUUCUUGGAGGUGAGUCUGCUGAAUAUCCAUAUUCCGUGGGCCAUGCGUUUCACGUAUUCAUUGCCGGACCGCGUCAAUAAGAUCCUGGCUCCUGCCAUGGCAGAUAUUCUAGAUUUCCGUCGGGACUUGUCUCGGCAGGUGGAGGCUAUUCGAAACGGCGAGGAUACGACCUACAAGAAUGCCAGUCAUCGCACUGUCUUCCAUGAGCUUCUAGACAGCAAACUUCCCCCAGUAGAGCUGCGGCGGGAUCGACUGCGUGAUGAAGCGUUUAGCUUGGUGACCGCAGGCUCUGGGACAACAGCCUAUGUGUUGCGUGGCACGGCAUAUCAUAUUGCCGCCAACCCGUCUGUGCGACAGCGACUGCAUGACGAACUCGUGGCCAACAUCCCAGAUCCCCAGCAGUUUCCCACACUGACCACACUCGAGCAGCUGCCCUACCUAACAGCCGUCAUACAGGAGGGACUACGUUUGUGUGAUCCGGUCACCCACCGGAUUAGCCGCCAAUUUCCUGACAUCCAGUUGCUGUGCCGCAGAAUCAUCAUCCCACCCAACACGAUCGUGGGGAUGACCGCCAUGCUCACACAUCUCAACGAGACUAUUUUCCCCGAACCGCACACGUUCCGGCCCGAGCGGUGGUUGGGACCCGACAGCAAGCGGCUGGAACGAUACUUGGUGCCCUUCAAUCGGGGAUCGCGCUCCUGUCUGGGCGUGAAUCUGGCUCGUGCAGAGCUCGUUUUGAUUCUCGCAGCAGUCUUCCGUCAGUUUGAUUUCGAUGUUUCCGCUGUUCGACGGGAGCGCGACAUUGACGUGAGUCGUGAUUAUAUUCUGGGGGCGCAGGCGCGCGACACGCCGGGAAUCUUGGUGACGGUGAGGGAGUGUUAG